GCACAAAAUCUGCUGGACGACAUGUCUGAUUCCCUCUCUAUUUCUGUCGACGACGAAAAUGUGGAAGACAUAGACAGUAUUUUAUCCCAAAUACCGCUUUUAGAGAUCGGGGGAAAAUAUACCAUAACUGACUGCACCGAAGAAUCGAUGAUAGAAGAGGAAGAGGAAGAGGAAAAGAUGAAACAAAGAACGGAAAAAGAGAUUGAGUAUUUACAAAGUGAAAGAAAUGAACAGAGGAAAACAAUAAAUAUAAAAAUUGGCAAAGAAAUGAUGGAAGAACAAGAGGAAAAUGUAGAAAGGGAGCUAAGGGAGAAGAAGAGAAAGAUUGAUAUGAAAGGAAGAGAAAUAGAAAUGAAACUAAGGGAACUGACGAAGAAGAAAAAUGCGGAAAUGGAGAAGAAAAAAAAAGUGGCAGAAUUGCUCCGGUAUCGAAAGUAUCCGGAAAACAAAGCAUCAGAUUUGCUGAGGGAGCUGGAAAAACGGGCCGAAGAAGCACGCUACACCGCUUUUCAGGCACGAAAAAAUUCAACCACAAUCGACAAACUGGUGACCAAAGCAAGACAACAUCUUCAUAUGCUGAGGUGCAGGAGAGUUGCAGAAGAGCAAAAAGAGAAAAAUAGCAAUAGUGCUGGCAAGAAAUAGAUAUUGUCUUACGUGU